AUGCAGCUUUUGCGUCGAACACUUGAUGAACUGUCUACACCACUAAUCAAAGACGAGAUUAAUGAGUUCUACAGAUAUCUUUCUACGACGUACUUGAAUGACGAUGCUAAAUUCCCUCCUAGUUCAUGGGCCCUUGCAUUAUCGAUAGGAGCGAGGAAUGGUUCAAAAUUCUUGACUAAUAACAGUCUUGAAAUCAUGAACUCAUCCCUGGUGGAUCAAGGAAUCAACAAUGCGACAGAGCUAUCUACGGUCAUCUCCAUUGCUAAUGGCUUUAAAAGUGAAAGCUUCAGUACGGAAAUUGCUAAGCUUGAGAGCAACAGCCAGCAAAGUACUAAAAAUGACAGAUUGUGCGCCUUAGUUGCGGUUGUACGCUACGAGCAGCUAGCAAGAUUUGACAAAAAAUGCGCAGAAAAUGGCUCAAUCGAAGAAGCAAUUGUUUCUGUCGGCUUCGGCUUGAUGAGGGCCAGAUCAAAGGCCGAGUCAUUGAAAUCUACUCAGAAACUCCGACAUUUUAUCAACAACGCCACGCAACCAGAAACUGCUGUAUUUCAAAAUUUGAUUAAAGAAUCAACAGCUGACUCAUACCAGUUUCAAGAAGCAAUGCCUGUGAUGUCCCCAGUUCGCGAUGAGCAAGAAACAGCUGGUGAGCAAGUUGACCCAGAUCCUUUCGCUCAGCAAGGAGGAGAAUUCGAUUUGAGAAGAGUUGCGGCGCCAAUCGCUCAGCCAGUUCAAAGAGUGGAAAGAAGAGUCGAUGAGGAGACGAGCAAUGAUGAAGUCGAUGUGCCAGCUGUUAUCCAUGAGUUCGACCCACCUCCAGUGGACUCUUUACCGUCGGACAAUGAGGAUCGUGAGCCUGAAAACUUUGAAAAAUCGCCAUCUCCAAUACAUUGGGAACGACUUCUGGAUAAAACCGAUGAGAUAGAUGAAACGAUCAGAAAACAGUUUCCAAAUCGUCCUUCGUCUUCAGAAUCGGAGCAAGAAAAUGACGAAGCCGGACAAGCUAAUCGUUCUCGUCCAACAUCUGAUUCUUACCGGAAUUUUGAUGACAGAACUAGUCCCGAAAAGCUGGUUCUAUCUGAACCCAAGCAGCCACGGAAGUAUAUUCGCAGCGCAAAAUCCGCAAAACAGCGCAAAACGCGGGAUCUUUCAUUGUCAGAUUCUGAAUCGGAUCAUGAGCGCCCCGAAUCUUCGCAAAAUACGCGUAGUUUGUGCGCAAAAGUGAAGCGGAAUGCGAAAAAAUCAACCUAUUGCGAGCAUGAUUCCCCACCAAAAAAGAAAAAGAAGAAAACUGAAGCCGAAGUGCGUUUGGCAGCCCAAAUUGCGAAAGAAAAGAAAAUUCUUAAAGAAAGAAAUCGAAAAAAAAGAGAAAAUGAUCCUAAGGGCUACUAUGCUGAUAUAGCAAAUAAACGGCGUCAAACCAUUCAAAGAAAAAAAGAACAAAAUGAAGAGUUGAUCGCAGAGUUACGGGAAGAGCUGGAAAAAAUGAAGGCGGAAAAUGCGAAAUUGCGAAAACGCGAAGAAAUGAGAAAAGCAGAUAUCCCAGACGAUGACGAUUUGAUGCGCCAAUUAAAAGAAGUACUCGCCACUUCCGACGAAGAAGACUUCUGA